GAUACCGUCACGAUUCAGCCGCAGUGCAGAAUUGUAGCUACGACUUCCAAAAUGACCACGCGAGAAAUUGUGGAGGAGGUGGGGCGUCAAUAUCUCGCUCGUAGAGCUCAGCAGAUGGGAAAACGCCAAUAAAUCUAAUUGCGGACAUGUCGACAAACCUAAAAUUACUUACAUAUUUAACCUUAUAAAUUUUUGGGCAUUUAAAAAAUUUCGAAGUUUCUGAACACACUUGGUGAAUUUGUCUCAACAAGUGUACAUAUACAUAAAAGUAACCGCAUCUUUCCCAUUAAAAAUAGAUGUGGUUUCAUGGACUUUUUACUUCAUACGCUAAUUAAUUUGCGUAGCCACCUGUUCAGUAAAUGCUCAAUUAAAUCAUAUUUAACUUACAAAGGACAUGCAAGCUCGUCAUGUCUAAAUAUUCACAGCUUAUCAUUCGUUCAUGGUCGAGACAAAAGCACAAUAAUCCUGAUAACUUUGUGCAUACAGUGAAGUUAUCAUCUGACCGUAUUAAAUCAUCAUCACAUUCCAAUCUGACCAGUACACAAUUUCGUCCUUACGCCAGACAUACUUACACAUCACUCUCUAACCAGUCACACCUGAAAGGAAUUUAUUUUUCAGCAAAACUAUAGCACCCCCAAUUACGAAAAUGUCGGAAGGUGAAGAAAUCCUGGAAGACCUUUUAGAGUGCGCCGUUUGCCUGGACAUGUGCCAAAUUCCGGUCCACCAGUGCAAAAACGGGCACAACAUUUGUUCUCAACACCUCCCCAAACUCAAGGGCUUGUGUCCCACGUGCAAAGUGCGGUAUGAAUUUGGCGGCUCGAGAAACCUGCUUGCAGAGAAACUCAUACUCAACUUGCUCAGAAAACGAGCAGAACGUGACAAAAAGGCGAAGGAGUUUGAAGGAAAACAGACAUCAGCGAAGGAGCCCGAGAAACAAAUCGUAACGACAAGAAAUUCGGAAGCGAAAUUCUUUUCAUUUACUCCUCCCAUUAUUACGGAAGUAGUGACGGAAAGUUUCUCGGCGGCUGAACAAGCCACAAACUACCCGAAGCUUACUUUGCGACGCGAUUUUGAAACUAAACCAUCCGCACAAAUGGAAAAUCCAAGACCAUACACACGGAUUGUGAAAAAUCAAGAAGAACUAAACUCUGCCCGGGUACGAAAGUUGACUCCAAUGUCACCUAGUGCGCAUGCUCAUAGUAAACCUCCAAUUUUUGAAGCGAUAACUGAUGAAGACGACGGUGCGGUAGAAAUUGUUCGUAACGACAGGGACGUAGAAAGUUAUUAUGAUCACGGUGACAAAUAUGACGCCGAAAAUGAUGAUGGUCUUGUCUGGGAGAAGAUUAACGGCAAAUGGGUUGCGAGGGAAGAUCCAGCCAAAAUUAAGAGAUCACAUGAUGCCGAGCAAGCUCCUACAGCUAGUAAGCAAGAAAUAUUGUUUAAGAUUCGCAAAAUUGGGGUUCAAGCGAUGCCAUGGAUGGAAAUGUCGCAAAUUGCGAAGUCAUCGGCUAAGCGACCAUCUUUAACAACGCAACCGUCAUCAGAAAAUAGUUCUACGAGUCCAGUUACAUUGAGCGCGUCGACAGCGAGUUCCACCACUGCAACAACAAGGGAAAUAUCUACCACACCUUCGACCUUUAAACCCCUGGCCACUAUUUCGACACCUUCGGCCUCCGUGUUUACACAAUCGACUUCAUCCUCGACACGAUCGACAAACAUUUCAACACAAUCGACUUCAUCCUCGACACCCGUUUUUACACAAUCGACUUUAUCCUCGACAGCCGUUUUUACACAAUCGACUUCAUCCUCGACACCCGUUUUUACACAAUCGACUUCAUCCUCGACACCCAUUUUUACACAAUCGACUUCAUCCUCGACACCUUCGACCUCCACUUCUACACAAUCGACUUCAUCCUCGAAACCUUCGACCUCCACUUCUACUCAAUCGACUUCAUCCUCAACACCUUUGGCCGCAAUUUUUACAAAUUCGCCCUCCAAAUCUCUGAUCACCAUUUCUACAUCCUCUGCCUCCUUUUUUACCCCUUCUGCCCUUUCCUACACAGCUUCGUCCCCCAUUUCUACACUUUCUACGUCGACAACUACACCUGUUGCCGCCGAUUCCACAACUACUUUGCCCACAAGUAGUACAAGCUCCUCCUUCACGCCGUCAGUUUCGUCUUCUACUUUUGUAUCGUCACAAUUUCUCAACCUAAAACGUCCAAGCUUUACCAUGACCGAUUUCUCCACGGCUACAACAUCCCCACAGAUUUUGUCCCGCUCAGAUGCCGCAGCCGGGCCAAGUUCGUCAAUUGCGGACAACGAAACUCCGCCCACUUCCAAGUUGACCACGCGCGAAAUCGUGGCCGACGUUGGUCGGCAAUUUCUCGAACGACGCGCCCAACAAGCUGGACUACUUUCUUCCAGAAAUUUCCACUCAAUGCUGGAUCUUUCCACAAAUACGGAACUGUCACCAUUAAAUUAUUCUAAUUCGGCAAAUUUGAAUAUCCCCGCCAUCUUGGGGGCAAGGUCGACGGAAAAUCUAUCCAACCCAGUGUUGCAACCAAGCCUAAGAAAAAACUUUGAAGUCACAUCGACAAAUCGAGAAAUUUCCGAAAGUCUGCUAAGUUCUGCUAAUACGCCAAUUAAAAACAGCCCGCCAAUUUCCGAAAGCUCGACAAUUUCUGCCAGCCCGCCAAUUUCGGUCGACCGGCCAAUUAAAAACAGCCCGACAAUCAUCGAAAGCUCAGUAAUUUCUGUCAGCCCGCCAAUUUCGGUCGACCCGGCAAUUUUUACCAGUCCGCCAAUUUUUGCCAGCCCGCUAAUCUCCCCCGACUCGCCCCCCGCUCCCCCUAAAAAUCCACCCCCGCUUGACGAUGACGAAUUCUCGUACGACCUUCGAAUCAUAACACCUAAAAAUAUUGCCACCCCGCCAACUGCUCCCGACCAGCCACCCGCACCCCCAAAAAAUCCACCCCCGCUGGACGACGACGAAUACCUUGACGAUCGUGUCCGUGUCAUAACUACGAAAAAUCCGCCAUUAUCCCAAUUGGUCGAGGAACAUCUCACCCUAAUUUCAUGGACUUGUUUGUAUUGUACGCUCCAUAAUCCGGAUUCCCUUGAGGUUUGCGAGGCUUGCGGUGCCUUUAGAGAAUCUGAGAAAGAAUCAGCCCCAAAAACCACGCGAAGAUCGGGUGGGCCACCAAUUCAGUGUGGUCUCUGCACCUACAUCAACCAAUCAGUUAUGAAGGUCUGUGAAAUGUGCGGAUCUGACCUGUAAAUAGAUGCAUAAUUUUAAAAAAUAAUAAUUUCAUUCUUAAUACACUCUUAAAAAUAGUGUUACCAUUUUGAAGAAUAAAUGCACUCCAAACCCUAAAUGAAGUCAA